UUCGCAAAAAUGACAAGUGUUGAAAGGAAUUGCUUUUGGAUUUGUAGACUUUACAAAUGAUAAAAUGUUUUUAUUUUUUAUAUAACACCCAGAAUUUGAUUUCUCUGGGUCACGUUAGUCAGCGGCGGAACUAAGUAUAUUUAGUGUCGUUUCCACCCGGAAUGUUUUAUCAGUCGGACAUUUUCGCUCAUGUUGAUGUUGAUGUUGACAUGAGUGCGUGUAGGGGAUUUGGUUAGUUUAAUAUUAUAGUAAUGGACGUGAAAGUAAACACAGCCUCUUCAGACACGGAGGCUGAGUGUAAAAGUAAAGACGCAGCAACGGUGCCGUUAUCAGAGACCAGACUGGUUUGUAUUGAAUAUCCGGGUUUGGUUAAUAAUGUGGACAAAAUGCUGGCGACCAUUGGAGGGGAACAGGGGCUGUCCAAGACGUAUGGAGACUCGUCCAAACGGCUGGAGCUGCGAUAUCGUCCCCAGGACCCUUUCUGUCACCCUGUAUGUGGGAAUCGCUAUUCUUCCACCAACCUGCUCAUCCGAGUGCGGCGCAGAACAAACAGACGCAGUGGGGAAUCUCACGUCAUCAUGGAGAUCCUGGGCCUUAUAGACACCACGUAUAAAUUUCAAGGAAUGGCAGAUUUUCAGUACCUGGCUAUGCACAGAGAGGCUGACGGAUCCCAGAUCUCUUUGUAUGACAAGGUCAUUUUGUGCAAACCUGAAAAGAAGGCGUUCUUUGACCAGUCUGUGCCGCUCUUCCUUCCACCUCCCAUCUUCUCUCGUCUGGACAACCCGGUGGAUUACUACUACCGGCCGGAUAUUGUCCACAAGGAAGGAAACGCUCCGCAUUUGCUCACCAAAGAUAACCUGAUCGGUCCUAACCGAGCCCGGAGAGCCCACAAUGCCAUAUUUGUGAUUUUUGAAGAUAAGACUGUCCCAACUGAGCCACUAGAGGCUGCUAAGGUGAACUGGCAGAAAAACGCUAUGCACCACAGUGACCUCAAGGCAGAGGAGGAAAUGAGGAAGCUAUUUGAAAGACGGCCCAUAUGGUCCCGCAAUGCCGUUAAAGCCAACAUCAACAUUCACCCGGAGAAGCUGAAGAUCCUGCUCCCCAUUCUGGCUUAUUACAUGUUGACUGGGCCAUGGAGAAGCUUGUGGGUGAGGUUUGGUUAUGAUCCCCGUAAGCACACGGAGGCCAAAAUCUACCAGGUUCUGGACUUCAGAAUCCGCUGUGGAGUGAGACAUGGAAAUAGCUUUAAUGAUAUACCAGUAAAGGCUAAAAGAAGUGCCUACCAGUACACUCUUCCAACCUCAGUCAACAAGGCAGCGCCUCAGGCAGCUAGUGUGAAGGACAUCACCCAGGACAGUUCAUCAAGCACCCUAUCCUCUUCAACAAAAUACAUUCUUAAGGAUUCGGUUUAUAUAUUCCGUGAGGGAAUGUUACCACCCUACCGACAGAUGUUUUACCAGCUGUGCGAUCUGGAUGUAGAGAAAAUUAAAAGCAUCAUCCAUAAAAAUGACGGGAAGGAGGAAGUGUGCGACGAGCGUGACGGCUGGUGUUUGCCGCGGACUUCAGACGAGCUCAGAAACAUCAUCUCUUCCAUGAUCGCGCAGGUGGCGCGAGCCAAAAGACCUUCUCUGUCUUCCCCGAAGCUGAGGCCUGUCCGGGCCGGACGUAAAAUCGAAGAGAGUGACGAGGACGAAGACGACAACGACGAAGACGACGAUGACGACGAUGAAGAUUUCAAGCCUGAUGGGAGUGAAAAUGAAAUGGAGACAGAAAUGCUUGAUUACAUGUAAACUAGAACUGUGGACUUUAAGCUGAUUAAGUUGACUUAAGUUAAUGUGGAAAAUGAAUAAAUGUCUUUUGUAAAAAUAAUUAUUUGUUCAAUACAGAGAGUUAGACUGAGAUAUUAUGUUGAAUGUUAUGUGGCAAAUAAUAAUAAUAAUAAUAAUAAUAAUAAUAAUUUAAAAAAUUGGCCUGGAUUUUUUUCUUAGUAGACAUUUCAUAGACAUAAAUGAGGGCUAUCAGAGCAUGUCCUGGCUUAUCUGUAUUGCAGUAUUGAAACCAAAAAGAGAUAAAGCUGCAAAAAUCAAUUUUGAAAUGCAGCUGGUGUGUGUUUUUAGAGGAACAGAUGCAGGUGUAAGCUGGCAGGCCAUUAUCAGAACUUUCACCUUCUCCAGUUUCGGCACUGUAACACACUUUUUCAUGGCUACUCAGUAUUCCCUGUUCAUACAAUGCUUAAUAUCAGCCACAUCAACAAUAAAACAUUUAUGGGAAGAUAAUCAGUGACAAAGGUGAUUAUUUUUGUAUUACAUCACAUCCUGAAGUGAUUUAUUCCUCUCAUACUACAGCAAUUUGCAAACGAUUACAACUGCUUAUUAAAUUAAAGAACGACACGAAAGAACGACAGUUUUUAUCCGUUUAUAGUUAUGUUUAGUGUUGAGGACCAUCCACAAAACAUGUUAUCGUUUACUUUAUAAAAUAUAUAAGCAGUCUUUAAAUCACCAGCCUCUCUUGUGAAGCUGGACCAUUUAUGUCUGUCUAUUAUAAAGCACUGAUACUGGAGACUCCUUCCAACCAGUGCUCUUGCUGAUGGACUUGGAAAUUGUA